AUGAAGGUGCUAGUGCUGCUUGCGCUUGCUGUUUUCACUGGGUGCAAAACUUAUGUUCUGUGGCAGGACCAGUCUAAUAACAAUCUACUUGUUUGUUAACCUUGUGACUUGGUCUCUAUACUGACCUUUCUCUCAGUCUCUGGGAGUGCCUAUGCUGUGAACCAGUACAGUGGCCAGGUGACUCCUCUGACUCAGGACCUGCUGGCAAAGCUUCUUUCCCAGGAGGCCAAACAACUGAAGGCUCACCUGGAGAAGGAAUUGAGCACUCUAAAGGCCACUCUUCUCCUGAAGAGUGAGGAGCUAAAGGGAAGCCUGGAGAAGGAACUGAGCAGGCUGAAGGCCACUCUUCUCCUGAAGAGUGAGGUGCUGAAGGGAAGCCUGGAGAAGAGUAUGUAGCAGCUGCAGGCCGAGCUGGGACCCUAGCUGAAGCAGAAUGACCAGAACCUGGAGGAGUUCCAGAAUAUCAUGAUUUCCCUGACCCAGAGCUCCAAGACUGAGCUGACUCAGAGAACACAGGAGCUCCAGCAGAAUCUAGCCCCAUAUGGAGAGGACCUGACGACCCAACUGUCACCAAGAAGUGCCAGUAAUCAGACUGAUUUGACUUGUUCUACUAGAACUGCGUACUGA